GUUAAGAGGUACCUUCCUAGAUGCAGCGGGUGACUGCCAAUCGCAGAGACUGAGUCCAAGCACACGCCACCCCGCCCUCCUUCAGCCUCCUCGGGCUCGGCUCCCUCUCAGACCUUCUCCCUUCUUCUGGACUGCCCCGUAUCCUCCGGACCGCAGGCAGGACCAUGAAGCCAGUUCGUCGCAAAUCCACCCCAAAGAAGCGCCCCUCGAGCCAGACUCAGACCCGCGCUUCCACCUCCACCUCUACCAACACCAUCCCCACCAUCCCCACAGGCACCACACGCCGGCGACGCUACCCGGGUGGAACCAGUCAGCGAAUUCUUAGGGAGAUCCGAAAGUUACAGAAAAGCACCGAUCUGCUCAUCAGGAAGGCACCCUUUGGUCGACUAGUUAGAGAAAUAUGUCUCCGGUUUACUCGAGGCGUGGAUUAUUAUUGGCAAGCCCAUGCUCUACUGGCCCUACAGGAGGCAGCAGAAGCUUUUAUAACUCAUUUAUUUGAAGAUGCCUACCUUCUCUCCAUACAUGCCCGGAGGGUAACUCUGUAUCCCAAAGAUAUUCAACUGGCCCGAAGGAUCCGAGGUUUACAGGAAGGACUAGGCUAAACACUUGAGUACCAAUGGACCUUUAAACCCAGAAGUUAAAAAUCUAGUGCCUUUCUGUUUCUCCAACCAUUUCAGUUCGUAGGCCGGAGUUGCCACUUCCCAUCUUCAGCACCUUGUCAUCUUACCCAUUUCUUGGGCACAGUGUUACCCUUUGGAGAACCUUGAAUUGUUCCUUUAUACAAAAUCUAAA